AUGGGCCUUGAGGGCCCCGAGCUGCAGCUGCUGAGGGAGCCAGGCAGGGAAUGCGGGGCCGUGAGGAUGCAGCCGCGCCAGGCCGGCCUCAGCCACGGCUGCCCUCCAGCCCUGGCACUCACUGUGACGUCACCGGGCCCAGCUCUGCCAUGCAUUUGUGAUGCCCCCCUGGAGCCACUGCAGCCGGAGGGGUGCCAGCCUGGGCUGAUGGCGGAUUGGGCGAGUCUGGACUGGAACAAGAGGAAGAUGCUCCCACUUGUGAUGGUGUUGCUCCUAGCACUCAGGGGACAUGCCCACGAUGACGGAGAAACCGUUCGGUGCGGCUACCGACCCGCCUUUCCAAACUCAUCGUGGCUGCCAUUCCGCGAGCUGCUUGAGGUUCAGCAUGGCGAGUUCCCCUGGCAAGUGAGCGUCCAGGCUUUCCAGAAACACGUGUGUGCCGGCGCCAUCAUCCACCGGUGGUGGGUUCUCACGGCCGCCCACUGCUUCCCGGGAACGCUAUUAGAAAGGGCCCUGAUGAAUGUCACCGUGGUCAUGGGAGUGAAAACACUGAGUGACAUCCGUCUGGAGAGGAAGCAGGUGCGGAAGAUCAUCGCUCACAACGAUUACCGCCCGCCCCGCCUGGACAGCGACCUCUGCCUGCUGCUGCUGGCCUCCCCGGUGCACUUCACCAACUUCAAGAUGCCCGUCUGCCUGCCGGGGAAGGAGAGCCGCUGGGACCGGUGCUGGAUGGCAGAGUGGGUACCGGCUCAGAGGUAUGGCCCACACGACAACCUCAACAUGAACCUGAAGAAGCUGAGGGUGGUUCAGAUUAACAGGAGAGAAUGCGCCAAGAGGGUGACCCAGCUCCCCAGGAACUCGCUCUGUGCUUGGCAAGAACUCCACACCAAAGGCACCUGCCAGGGAGACAGCGGGGCACCCAUGGUGUGUGCCAAAUGGGGGACCCAGAGGCUCUACCAAGUGGGUGUCUUCAGCUGGGGCCUGGACUCCGGCUCUAGGGGGAGGCCCGGUCUGUUUGUAUCUGUGGCUCAAUUCAUUCCAUGGAUCCAGAAAGAGACCGAGAAGGAGGGGAGAGCCCUCCCCCUCUCAGGAGCCCCAAGAAGCUCCCUGACCCCUGCUCCACAGUGCUCCGGGUUGCUAGCCCUGGGGUCUCAAGUUCUGCUCGUGUCCAUGUUUAUCAGCGAUAAAUUAUAUGGCUAA